AUGCAGGGGUUUAGACAGGCAUUUGAAGACAAUAAUCUUAUUCAAAUACCCACUGUUGGCUCUUUCUUCAUAUGGGAGAAGGACAGGGAGUCGAAUAAUCUGGUUAGAGAGAAGUUUAAUAGAGCCCUUGCUAUUGAGGACUGGGCGCGUAAAUUCACUAAUGCGGUCUGCUCGGUUGUUCAUGUUCCUAGAUCGGAUCACAAACCGUUGGUAAUUAAUACAUCUCCUAAGGAUAAUAAGGGAGAUAGAAGGAGAUUUCGAUUUGAUAAUGCAUGGUUAUGUGAUGAGGGUGUAGCUGAGGUUGUUAAAGGAGUUUGGGUUAAUUCUAUACCACACAACCUUUUGAUGAAAUGUGAUAAUUUAGUUUCUGCUCUUUCCUUGUGGGGUAGGAGUAGAAAUAGAGAGUUUUCAAAAAAGAAGAAGAUUAUACAGAGAUUAUUGGAUAAUAGGCCCAGUACUAUUCCUCACGCCUCUUUAAAGGAAGACUGGAAUCGUCUCCUUGAGCAGGAAGAAGCUAGACUUAAACAGCAGGCAAACGGUUCUGUGGAUUGUGAAUGGGUUUUUGAGUUGGUGUCGCCCUUGAUUAGUGAUGCCGACAAUGCUGAUAUUUGUGCUCCCUUUUUGAAUGAAGAAUUUAGAGCUGCUCUUUUUCAGAUGCAUCCAGACAAGGCACCUGGGCCGGAUGGGUUAAAUCAUGCAUUUUAUCAGAGAUUUUGGCACUUGAUUGGCAAUGAUGUUUCCGAUGGUUGUCGCCUAUGGCUUCAACAAUGUACUUUUCCUUAUUCUCUUACUGAAAAAUUAAUUGUUUUGAUCAUUAAAGUGGAUAGUCCUAAAACAGUUAAAGACUGUCGUCCAAUUGCGUUAUGUAAUGUGUUAUAUAAGAUUGUGGCUAUAGCUUUGGCGAACAAAUUUAAAAGGGUCCUUCUUAUGAUUAUCUCUGAGAAUCAGUCUGCCUUUAUCCUUCAUCGGUUGAUUACCGACAAUGUUAUGGUUGCGUUUGAAAUGAUUCACAAUAUGAAAAUUAAUAAGAGUAGAAAUGAUGAUAAUUAUGCACUUAGAAUUGAUAUUUCUAAGGCUUAUGAUAUGGUAGAGUUGGAGUUUCUAAAAGGCAUGCUGGAACGAUUUGAUUUUUCUGCUCAAUGGAUUAAGUGGUUGACUAUGUGCUUUUCGGAAGUUUCUUACAAUAUCAAUUUUAAUGGUAAUUGGAUUGGUCCUAUUGUGCCUAGUAGAGGUCUUCGACAGGGGGAUCCUAUUUCUCCGUAUAUCUAUUUGGUGUGUGCGGAAGGCUUAUCAUUACUGCUUAAAGAUGUUGAAUCUAGUGGCUGGUUACUGGAGGAAGUAGAUAGUAUUAAAUCUAUUCUCAAUACCUAUGCGGCUGCUUCUGGACAAGUGGUGAACUUUAACAAAUCUGGCAUUUUCUUCAGUCCCAAUGUGGUCUCCUCUGUAAGAUCUAAUAUCAGUAGUAUCUUAGAUGUUCAUUCACUAUUGAGUCAUAGUACCUACUUGGGAUUACCUUCUCUUAUUAGGAGGAACAAAAAAGAGGAUACAUUUUUUGCGGAUGAUGGCUCCUAUUUUAUUGAACCACAUUUGCGUGUUUGUGACCUUUUUGAAGAUUUUGAAGUUCCAAGACAAGGUUCGAAAAACCUUUGUAAUGGUCUGUGCACGGAGAUUAUGUUGCUUUAUCAAGUUGAUGGGGCUUUGUUUCAAUCUCAAGAUUUUAUUGGCUACGGUUUUGUUGUUGAAAACUCUGAGGAUAUAUUUCAACGUAGUGUUUUUGGUUUUUCGGAAGGUAAUGGUACACCGAUAAUUGUUGAAGUUUUAGCUCUCUGUCACUGUUUGCUCUUUGCGAUAUAA